AUGUCGACGACGACGGUCACCACGACCAACACCGGCACGCAAAUCAAUGCGUUCACCCUUGAAAGUCCCGACUACGCUCAUCAUCCCUUGAAUGACGCCAGCCGGGCGCCGACUCGCAAAAUCCACCUUCGACGGAUCCUGGUGGUCACGCAGGUCUUUGCCAUCACCCUCACGGCCAGCGUGAUCAACGGUCUCGUAGUGGUUGGUCUGCCUACCAUCACCAAGGAUCUCCAGUUGCCUCCCUCGUUGUCAUUCUGGCCCUCCUCGGUCAGUAGUCUUGCCACUGCGUCGUCGCUGCUACUCGCCGGAUCCAUCGCCGAUGCCAUUGGUCCGCGAUGGGUCGAGUUGGUGGGAGCGUUUGCUAGCGGUGGAUUGAUGAUCGGCCAAGGGCUGGCUCGCACCGGAGAGCAGUUGGUCGCCCUGCGAGCACUCCAGGGAAUCGGACUGGCCUUCCAUCUGGCGUCCUCCGUGUCCAUCAUCACGCAGAUCCUGCCGCAGGGCCGAGGCCGGAACUUUGCUUUCUCGUGCGUCGGUCUGAGCCAGCCGCUUGGCUUUUCGAUUGGCUUGGUCAUCGGUGGCAUUCUGAUUGAUACGAUCGGCUGGCGUUCGGGAUGGUACAUUGCUGGCGGCAUCACGCUUCUCUUCGCGAUCAUCGGCCUGUGGGCAGUGCCGAAGAGUCAAACCCACCGACAUGCAGACCUGGCUCAUAAUAUCAAAGCCAAGGUUGACUGGGUAGGAGCCGGACUCGCCUCGGCGUUCAUGGCACUGCUCUGUUAUCUUCUCGCCAUUCUGAGCGCGAAUCCCUCGCGGAUCAAAUCUGCCGAGAGCAUUGUCAUUCUGUGCCUUGCUGCGGCCGCACUUCCGUCCUUCGUCGCCUGGGUCCAUCGCCAGACCAAACGAAACAAGCCAGCAUUGAUUCCCAAUUCGAUGUGGGCGAACACGUCCUUUUCGACGAUAUGCGCCAUCGUGGCCAUGUCAAGUGCCGUGCUCAACUCUAUGGAGCUGUUUGCCGCCUUGUUCUUCCAGGAAGUCCAAGAUCUCCCUGCAUUGCAGGCCUCCCUCCGGAUUCUGCCAAGUCUCGUCGUCGGCGUUCUCAUGAACAUCGUCAUCGGACUGUUCGUACACAAGGUCUCCGCUUUCUGGAUCGUCACCAUCCCCUCUCUCCUGUGCGCCGGAUCGCCCCUACUUAUGGCCGUGAUCCAACCCUCCUGGCCAUACUGGGGAAAUGCAUUCGUUGCUCAGCUCCUACAGCCGGUCAGUUUCGACGCCCUCUUCACCGUCGGGCUCAUCGUCAUCACGGAUGUCUUUCCGGACGACACUCAGGCUCUAGCAGGAGCGGUAUUCAACACGUCCGCGCAGUUCGGCAGCGCGCUUGGACUGGCGGUUUUGCAGGUUAUUUCCACCGUCAUCACCGAUCAAUCGGAGAAGGAAGAGAAACCGGCUCUGAUGGACGGAUAUCGGGCCAGUUUCUGGGCCAUGUUUGCCUUGAUGCUGUGCUGCACGGUGGUGGGAUUCUUUGGAAUGCGCAAGGCUGGCAAGGUUGGCUUGAAGCAGGAUUAA